AUGGUCUAUCUAAAUCCGGAAGACAUGACAUUCCCAUACACUGACCAGCGCCAUCUUAUAAUCGCUCAAAUGCCUUACCAGCCCCGGGUUUUCGGGAGAUUUGAAUACAUGCCAAUCGGGAGUACUAUUCUUAGGACAAGGGUCUGUGAACUCAUGCCCAUCAAACUGACUCAGGUUGCGUUCCAGGCCGCAUCGCCCACUAGCAAUUCAGGACUGUAUCCCCAGCUUUGGGCACCCGGCUAUAGUUCGGAUCUUCAGCCCAAGUCGACUCCACACACGUGA